CAAACUGUCCAGUCCAAUGUGACCAGCAGCUGUUGUCAGUACCUCUAAUUAUAGCCUUCGCGCAGGCUCCCAGGGAAAGACUGGAGGUCAGGUUACACCUACUCAACGCUCUCGCACACAGGCACACAACAUACACACUAAUAUGUUCACGUUUUAUUUAUUAGCUAAGAAGAUGAAAAUAAUUUGAUAACUUUAACCUUUAAUUUGUUCAUUUUAAGUCAGUGCGAUAUCAUAAAAUAGGUUUUUGGACACUGGAAGAUGCUGCAUUUUCCUUUUUUUUUUUUUACAUAACAUAAUCUCAUUUUUGCAUUGAUUUUUACUUGUAUAACUAAAUUAAAGUUUUUCUUAAAGUUACAUAAUUAAAAACUCUGAUGCUAUUUCUGGCUGUCUCCACAUUUCAACAUUGAUUUAUAAUAAAUGUAUGCAUUUUUUUCUUAUAUAUAUGUAUUUGGUUGUUUAUAGAUGAGGUUUUCUUCCUCUUCGGUCUCAGCUGCUCCCAUUCCAAACUCGCUCCUCUUCAUCCCUCUAUUUUGGACUGUCAGAGGGGGCAGGGUGACUCAAAGAGUUGACCUCUUUCUGCCGUCCCUGCUUUCUUCUCCCUAUUUCAAGAUUAAACCUUUUUUGAUUUGAAAUCACCUCCAAAAGCUGCUCUUUUCCUCCCUGUGUGGAUAUUUUUUCAUGCGUUUUCAGACCUUCUGGAGUUGCCUUCUCUCAAUCAAGCGGAGCCCAAGACGGAUUUAACAAAGGAGUUCAUAUUUGUUUCUAUGGUAACUCUGCAUUUCCAGGACCUCUGAGGACCAAAGGGUUAUCAUUUAACGUCCACCAAACGCAAAGAUUAAGCUCUGUUCUUCCAUGAGCCAUCAGACCAGCAGUGGGGAGGCAGCCUCUCCGUCAAAGUCCAGUCAAAGGUCAUUCGUGGAGGAAGUCAUGUUAACCUUCAGCAACCCCAUGGCCUGGCUGCUGGUGGUGGCCCUGGUCAUCACAUGGUCAGCAGUGGCUGUUGUUUUGUUUGAUCUGCUUGACUACAAGACUCUAACCGACUACACAUCAUACUGUGACGACCCCGUGUGUUUAUCACCUGACAAUGUCAGACAUGGAAGAGCAGGUCUCCCACCUCCUUCUGCCAUUGCCAGAAAAGCUUUGAGGUCUAGAGUUGGGGCUCGGGUCGUAAAAUCAAGACCUGCUGAAAUCCACGGCGACUCGACAGCUCAAGAGGGAAAUGAUUGGCUGGACGUGAUGUGGACGUUCGUAACCGGUUUGGUAGCUCCUGAUGAGGAGGAGGAAGGUAUUCACCAGCUCACUGAAACCCUCACAUCUUUGCACUCAGAAGAGCUCUGAAGAAGCAGGAAAUGUGGACUGCAAUGAAGAAGAGAGAGUCUAAAAGGAAAGCGAAGGAUAUAAGAGGCAGAGAGACGGAGAUAUUAACAUUAUUACUCUAAUACCAUAUAAUAACAUUCUUUUUUUCUCUCAAUCUGUAAUUUGACCAAUAAAAUCUACCAAAUUGA